GAACUUUUAUAAAGCAGGUAAGUUAAGUUGACGGAUAUGACCGGAGGAUCGAUAGUAGUUCGUCGUCUCUCCCAACAAGUUAGACUAUUCUCUUCGUCAGGUCCAUCAAUGGUCGCUUCCCCAUUUGCUACUCGCCUCGUCGGCGCACCAAACACCCUCGAUCACCGAGUGUUCAUCGAGCAUAAUGGUGCUGUCAUAUCCUCUUUUCACGACGUUCCUCUUUUUGCCGAUCAGAGCAAUGGCAUCUUCAACAUGAUCGUCGAGGUCCCUCGUUGGACCAACGCGAAGAUGGAGAUCUCCAAAGAGGAGCCCUUCAACCCCAUCAAACAGGACAUUAAGAAGGGUCGCUUGCGUUUCGUCCGUAACUGCUUCCCCCACCAUGGGUACAUCUGGAACUACGGUGCUUUCCCUCAGACUUGGGAGGACCCAGCUGCUCUCCACCCUGAAACUAAAGCCAAGGGUGACAACGACCCAUUGGAUGUCUGUGAGAUCGGUGAACAGGUCGGCUACGUCGGUCAGGUUAAGCAGGUUAAGGUUCUUGGUAUCAUGGCUCUGCUUGACGAGGGCGAGACUGACUGGAAAGUCAUUGUCGUUGACGUUCACGACCCCCUUGCAUCGAAACUUAACGACAUCGAGGACGUGGAGCGUCACCUUCCUGGUUUAAUCAGGGCUACCAAUGAGUGGUUCAGGAUCUACAAGAUUCCCGAUGGCAAGGGCGAGAACGCCUUUGCUUUCUCUGGUGAGGCCAAGAACAAGAAGUACGCAACAGAGAUCAUCCACGAGUGUAACGAGGCAUGGCGUCGUCUCAUUUCCGGCGAAAGCCCCGCCAAGACUCCUACCUACGAUCUCUCUAUCCGCAACCUUUUAAACCCGAACUCGCCGGGUUUCGUUACCCGUAACGACCCCUCGUACGCCAACAUUCCUGCCGACUCCAGGCAACCUCCUGCACCCAUCGAUCCUUCGAUCUCAAAGUGGUUCUACAUCUCGUCCGUCCAGGUUUAGAGGAAGGACGGAAUUCAAAUGUAAAAUCAACCUUGUAUUUAGACUCCUACAUAUCCUUAAAGCAACGCUUCUUUGACGAGU